ACUCCCUCUCCCAAAGAUCCUAAAUGAUAAACUCGCUGACAGAAAAUGGCGGCGACGGGGAGCCGGACCUCGCCGUCGGGAAUUAGUGAGCUGAGUAACGACAGUAACGCUGGGAACUCUUAUCAGAGUAAUACUACUAGCGCCCCCGUUCCCCCUAACAGCCCCGAGGCAGCUAGGCAAAAAUCGUGGAGGCGUAAAGAACUACGGAAAGUCAGGAGCGUUGAUCUGGAUAAACCCGAGUCUCUGCUCCUGUCGCCCGAGUCCGGAAUUGCUCCUGUACCAGCGCAGCUUCACUUCUUAUCGGCUUCUUCGCCCGGCGGAUUUCAGCCGACCUUGCUGCAGCAAAGCUACGCUCAGCAGAGUAAUUCUUUGAAUAACCGCUCUCUUUCUAAUACGAGUAACACCAGUCCAUUUACCGCUACUCAGGAAUUGUUGAACAUUAAAUGCAAUACAGAGAACAGUUCUGAUUAUGGAGCAUCUGGGGCUUCAUUGGAAAUGACCUCUUCUCCAAAUAGCCGUGACAUGGAGAAUAAAGAAACUCUCCGGGGGUUGCAGAAAAUGGAUGACCGCCCAGAGGAGCGCAUGAUCAGGGAGAAACUCAAAGCAACAUGUAUGCCAGCCUGGAAACAUGAAUGGCUUGAGAGGCGGAACAGGAGAGGACCGGUGGUUGUGAAACCGAUUCCGGUGAAAUCAGAGGACUCCGAAGCAAACAAGCCAGGCUCAGAGUCCCCUGGCGAGCCGCAGAGCAGCGCUUCCCAGCAGUCCAGGGGCCGCCACAGUCCCUCUCCCAGCAGCUCGGGCUCCUCCGUCACCACCUCCUCAUCUUCAUCGUCAAAAAACACUGUCAAAUCUGAGUCUCCUGGCGUGAGGAGGAAGAGGGCGUCCCCUGUACCUUUUCAGAGUGGACGAGUCACUCCUCCCAGGCGGGCUCCCUCACCAGACGGGUUUUCACCUUAUAGCCCGGAGGAAACACAGCGCAGAGUCAGCAAAGUCAUGCGAGCACGACUGUACUUGCUACAGCAGAUUGGACCCAACUCCUUCCUUAUUGGAGGAGACAGCCCAGACAAUAAGUACCGGGUCUUCAUCGGGCCUCAGACCUGCAGCUGUGGUCGUGGAACAUUCUGUAUCCAUGUCUUGUUCGUCAUGCUGAGAGUUUUCCAGCUCGAGCCUUGUGAUCCCAUGCUGUGGAGAAAGACUCUUAAAAACUUUGAGGUUGAGAGUUUGUUUCAGAAGUACCACAACCGGCGCAGCUCAAGGAUCAAAGCUCCCUCUCGCAGUACAAUCCAAAAAUUUGUGUCUCGCAUGUCGAACUCCCACACGUCCUCUUCAUCCAGCACUUCCACUUCAAGCAACGAGAACAGUAUGAAGGAUGAGGAGGAGCAGAUGUGUCCCAUCUGCUUACUGGACAUGCUUGAUGAAGAGAGCCUGACUGUAUGUGAGGAGGGCUGCAGGAACAAGCUUCAUCACCACUGCAUGUCUAUUUGGGCGGAAGAAUGUAGAAGAACCCGAGAGACGCUUAUCUGCCCUCUUUGUAGAGCAAAGUGGAAAUCGCACGAUUUUUACAGCAGCCAUGAGAUGCCGAGCCCUUUGGAUGCUUCUUCAGGUCGACCUGUCCAUUCUCAGUCACACCAGCAUCACCAGCCAUCCCCCACAGACACGCAGCGGAGCCAGCAGGAGAGCGACUUCAACCUGCCACAAUAUGGAGCUCAGCAGAUCCCUCCCGCUUACAAAGAGCUUGCAGAGCCCUGGAUAAAGGUCUUUGGAAUCGAGCUGGUUGGCUGUCUCUUUUCUCGGAACUGGAAUAUUCGAGAGAUGGCCCUGAGGCGCUUGUCACAUGAUGUCAGUGGAGCUUUGCUUUUGGCCAAUGGCGAGCGCAGUGGCAAUUCCGGCUCUAACAAUGGAAACAGCCUGGGUGCAGCAGCCAGCGGGCCAUCUCAUAGUGAUAUCUCAGGAGACGUGGUGGUCGAGUCGUGCUGCAGUGUGCUGUCCAUGGUCUGUGCCGACCCGGUCUACAAAGUCUAUGUCGCUGCACUGAAAACAUUACGAGCCAUGCUGGUUUACACUCCGUGCCACAGUCAUACAGAAAGAACAAGACUGCAGCAGCUUCUCAGGCCAGUAGUGGAGACCAUAUUGGUUAAGUGUGCAGAUGCUAACAGCCGUACAAGUCAGCUCUCUGUUUCCACGUUGCUGGAAUUGUGUAAAGGUCAGGUCGGGGAGCUGGCUGUUGGGAGAGAAAUACUUAAAGCAGGGUCCAUUGGUAUUGAAGGUGUGGACUAUGUCUUAAAUUGUAUUCUCGGCACUCGGACGGAAGCCAGCAACUGGCAGUGUUUGCUGGGCCGUCUUUGCCUCAUUGAUAGGCUCUUACUGGAAUUUCCUGCUGAGUUUUACCCGCAUAUUGUUUCCAGUGGGGAUUGCCAGAAGUCAGAAGCUGUUGCAGAAAGAUAUCAGAAGCUGUUAUCUCUUUUGAGCUUUGCACUUCAGUCCAUAGACAACUCCCACUCCAUGGUUGGCAAGCUGUCCAGGAGAGUCUUCCUGAGUGCUGCUAGGAUGGUUGCGAGGGUGCCCCAUGUGUUUGUGAAGCUCUUGGACAUGUUGAGUGUGACCAGCUCUACGCAUUACACACGCAUGCGGCGCCGUCUCAUGGCCAUCGCGGAAGAGAUGGACAUUAUUGAAGCCAUUCAGUUGGGCAUGGAGGAUGUGCACGCCGCAGCUGGACGACAUGAUGAAUUUGUAGAGCCUUCAGCCCCGCAGAACUCGCCAAGCGUCACAGAAAAUAAUACGCCUGUCCACACUGUCCAGUUACCUGGAAGAAUAGCAAGGGCUCUUGGCAAUAUUAAAGCUGGUGCCAGUCCAGAGGACAUUGCAGAAAGGUUAGCUGGCAUUUCUGUUGGACUUCCAGUGCCAAGCACUUCUGCUGAACAGCCAAAGGCUCCCGUUCAGGCAAAGAGCAGGCCGCGAAGUCAGUGUCUGAACUCCCCCUCAUCAAAUCGUUCCCCAACUUCAUUCCCAACUUUGCCUUCUCCUUCUUCUAACCCCCCAAAUCUGCCUGUAACUGAGAAUGCCAAGGUUAGACCUCAGGGUUUUGUCCCCAGCAAGCUGGCAUCUGCCUCCCCAAGCACCCAACGUAAGUUCUCCCUCCAGGUUCAAAAGUGCUCCCCCGGAAGCAGAGAGCCUGAGAAACUGUCUCCCGUUUUCACCCAGGCGAGGCCUCUGCCUUGCAGCCAGAUCCACAGACCAAAACCCUCACGGCCAUCUCCGAGUGACAGCGGGAAGCAGCUUUACGAAGCGAAGAAAAGCAACAUGAAGCUUGACCUGAAAGACCUUUCGCACUGUGAGAGUAGUUCUAGCAGCAACACCGUGUUGAUUCCCAGCGAGGACACAGUCUUCACACCGGUGGAGGAGAAGUACCAUCGUCUGGAUACCUCAGCGGAGCUAAACUCCAGCAUGGAGGACCUGCUGGAAGCCUCCCUGCCCGCCAGUGACAGCACGGUCACCUUCAAGUCCGAAGUGGCAGUGCUGUCCCCUGAGAGGACCGAGAGCAAUGACUCGUACAGCGAUGACAUGAAGCAGCACCAGCAGUGCAAAGAGAAGAUGGAGGCUGAGGAGGAGGAAGCACUGGCUGUGGUCCUGGCAAUGUCUGCAUCCCAGGAUGCACUGCCAACUAUCCCUCAACUUCAGGUGGACAAAGGAGAGGAUGUCAUUAUUAUUCAGAUGGAUACCCCAGAAACUUUGCCUGGACAUACCAAAGCAAAACACCCUUACAGAGAGGGUGCAGAAUGGCUCAAAGGACAACAGAUAGGUCUUGGAGCUUUUUCAUCCUGUUACCAGGCUCAAGAUGUGGGGACAGGGACAUUAAUGGCUGUCAAACAGGUUACCUAUGUGAGGAACACCUCUUCUGAGCAGGAAGAGGUGGUAGAAGCUUUAAGAGAAGAGAUCAGGAUGAUGGGCCAUCUGAACCACCCUAACAUCAUUCGAAUGUUGGGGGCAACGUGUGAAAAGAACAAUUAUAAUCUCUUUGUGGAGUGGAUGGCAGGUGGAUCAGUUUCUCAUUUACUGAACAAGUAUGGAGCCUUCAAGGAAGCGGUUAUCAUAAACUACACAGAGCAGCUGCUGCGUGGCCUCUCUUAUCUCCAUGAGAACCAGAUUAUCCAUCGAGACAUCAAAGGUGCCAAUCUGCUAAUUGACAGCACAGGGCAGAGACUAAGAAUAGCGGACUUUGGAGCUGCUGCCAGGUUGGCAUCAAAAGGCACCGGUGCUGGUGAGUUUCAGGGACAGCUUCUGGGAACCAUCGCGUUUAUGGCGCCAGAGGUUCUGAGAGGCCUGCAGUAUGGCAGGAGCUGUGAUGUGUGGAGUGUGGGCUGUGCUAUUAUAGAGAUGUCCUGUGCUAAGCCACCGUGGAAUGCAGAGAAGCACUCCAAUCACCUUGCACUGAUAUUUAAGAUUGCAAGCGCCACGAGUGCUCCUACAAUCCCAGCCCACCUGUCUCCAGGUCUUAGAGACGUGGUUCUGCGAUGUCUGGAACUUCAGCCACUGGACAGGCCUCCGGCGCGAGAGCUCCUCAAACACCCGAUCAUCCGUACAGCAUGGUAGAGGCAGUACCACAAGAGUGGAAGCUAGUCGUGAAAGAUACUACUGAACACAGGAAAACGAAUUCACAGAACAGCGAUGCUGUAGCAGCCUUAAGACAAACCCUGAAAAUGAGGUCUCUAAAAGGCUGCUGUGACUGACGCAUACAGAGCUGUACCUUACCACAAUAUGCAAGUUAGUCACAAGUUUAACUUCUAAAUUGUGCCUUGAGAAAGAUUGGCCUUUAGUGACCAUAAGAGCAUCUUCUCUCUUUGUUUUUUGUUUUUUUUUUAAUGAAAAAAGCAAUCAUAGAGUGUUAGGGCAGUUCAGCGAUGAACAUUUUCCUGUUGGUGCACUCUUUUGGCAAUAUUAGCAGCUGGGGGGCUCAAAAUGCGUCAUGUUUUGAACCCACAGCUAGAUGUCACAGAAUUCAUGUGUUUCACAUUGAGAGUAUAUUACUGCUCUCUGAAUUUUAGUUUUUAACAAUUUUAUUUUGUUAAACGGGUUAGAGUAAGUCAUUGUCAAUGGUUUUAAUAAUUCUGCUACUUCAGUAAACACCAUCAGAAAGUGUUGUGUGUUUUUUUAUUUUUUUGAUCAGUGGUUUUGUGUAAACCACAUGUUUUAGCUGCAGUGCAUAAUGUUGCAGCUGGUUUGUGCAUUUUACUGUCGGACCAUUUAAUCUGGUUUUGUCGUUUGAAAGAUAAGACUCUUACAUUUAACAUUGUUCAGGAAAAGGUGAUUUUCUAAAAAUAAAUACAUAAAUAAAAAUACGAAAUAGGCGCAAGCAAAUUGGUGCCGAAUGUGAAAGCUUAUGGAGCUGCAAUGAAAGAAUUGUCAUUUUGCAGUCUUGAAAGGUGUAUUUUUUUACAAUUAAAAAUAAAUGCUUUUGAGUAUUAUUAUAAACCUGUUAAUGUCAAAGAUACCUUUGAACUUGUGAGACCUUUCUUAAAAUAAAAUGAUGGGUUCUUGUUUUAGGGUUCCAAAAGCCAUGGUGAUCACCCUGCUGUUUUUAUUAAAAUGUCACUGUUACAUUUGAGCCUUGUUGAGUUAAUACAUAUUUUGAUGGCAUUGUUAGUUCACAAGUCUUUAAAAUUAGUCUUGUUACAUUUCUUGAAAGAACCAGAUUUGAUGCUCUUCCUGCUGGUCAUAUGUUUCUGGCGUUUUCCUUUUCUGCUGUACUGUAUUUGCCAGGCUGAUCACUUCGAUAGAGAAUAUACAGUAUUUUAAUUAUUUUAUUUUAAAUCCUCUGUACAGCUAUUCACAAUAGGUUCUGAAUGCUACCAGGAUAUAAGAAUUAGAUUUUGUCUUUGUACAAAGGUUAUACUUAUUUUGGUAUUUAACGCAAGCCACUUUUCAAUGUUAGUUUAUCAUAUAGCAGAUACAGUGUUUUUUUUGUUUUGUUUUUCUUUCUAUUUCUGUUAAUUGCCGGCUGCAGUAUCAAAGGAAAAUGGCAGACUUUUAUACUACUAAUAGAUGUCAAUACGUUGAUUUUAUUCAGCUUUAUGGCAGGCUGUUAGGGUUUAGAGCAUGUACCUAGUUCAUGUAAUCAUUUCAGCUUUAGCUCUUCAAGUGGUGAUGUUCUAAUUGUAAUCCGUUGAGAAAAUGAAAUGCUCUAAAAUGAUGCUUGAACUGUGUUAAGUGUUCAGAAACACAAAUAACACGAGUGUGUGAAAUCAUCAGCUUUGUGUUUCGAACCGCUCUGUGCUGAGAAGAGAGACGGCAAUAAUAUGUAAUUUAUGAUUUUAAAAAAAUAAAACAAAAAAUAGUCACAAGUACUUCUUUAUAAACAAUUGAAAGUUUUUAUGCAAAUAUAUAUUUCUUUAUGCGGAGUACAAGCUUGACAAAGCUUGAAGAGCUAAAGAGUAAAUCAAUGUGAAGUUUGGUAGCUAAAUUUAUUGUACUUGACUCCUGUACUUUUUUUGUACUACUUUUUCAAGAUUCUUGAAAGGUGGUGGUUGUAUUUUUUUUUAUUUUAUUUUAUUUUUUUUUAUUUGUAUUUUAUUUUCCAAGUUUUUAUUUUGUGUAAGCUUUAAAGUAUACACUCUUGCCAUUUUAUAUACUGAAAACAAAACAAAUUCUGGCAGAUUCUUAAAACUGAUGAACCUCAGCUAAUCAGUAUUACUUCAUCAAUCUCUGUAUCUGUAAUGUUAAAAGCCUGUGGCUUCUCCUGAUACUCUUGGAGUUUGUUAGUAUUUUUCAGCUUGCUGGUAAUUGUGGUGUAUUUUCUAUUUUAUUUUUUUAAUAUGGAUGUGAUGUAAUCUUAUUCUUUGGAUCAGAGCUGGACUGAGAUUGUAAUGUGUAAUUAUUUUUGUGUUGUUCUUAUGUUACCUGGUGGUACUUUUUAUUUGUAAAUAACGUCUACUGCUGUUUAUUCCAGUUUCUACUACCUCAGGUGUCUCAGAUUUUCCUCUACCAAAGUUCACUUUCACUAUAUAUAUAUUAUAUAUAUAUAUAUAUAUAUAUAUAUAUAUAUAUAUAUAUAUAUAUAUAUAUAUAUAUAUAUAUAUAUAUAUAUGCUAUGUGACUGUAAUUCUUAAUACUUCCAGGGCUUAAGGGCUAACUUCUAUUAGCACCUUACUGUGCAAGCAAAUUGUUAUUGAAAACUCUGGGUUAAGAAAAAAAAAUGGCUAAAUGUAUUCUUUGUAAUUUUUAAAUAUAUCAAGAUAUUUUAAUUAUUAAAGUUUUUACCCCUUUUUGAAGCAUUUUAUAGCAUAAUUUGGAAUUAUUUUGGUGUUUGUCUUUAUAGUAAAUAAAUAAAAGAUUUUGAACAAACA